AUGUUUACAUCAGCAUCUCAGCGUCUCUACAAUGCAAGUAGGAAUAGCGUCUACUGGAAACACAUCAAGAUCCUUGUCCCGAACACCUGGUCUAACCUGAGCCGGUUCGAACAUUCCAGGACGGAAUCGUUUCAUUCAGCUAACAUCAUCGUGCACCACUUCCGAGAUGAUGAGCCGUACGUUGAAAACCUAGAAGGAUGCGGAAAGGGAGCUCUGAGCCUGAUGCAUUUGACGCCGGAAUAUAUUCUGAAUGAACAAUAUAGAGAAGAUGAAUUCGGAGAUACAGGCAAUGUCCUAGUCCGAAGUUGGGGUUACUACCGAUGGGGAUUGUUUAAGGAAAACUACGACGGGAAAGGAGUCGGCACUGCUCCUACCUACGAAUCAGGUUUCACGAACGGAGAUCUCAAUAACGACAUUCCGUCGAUAGAAGGUACCCGCUGCUCUCUCGAGAUCAAAGGAAGUUUGUCACCUAGUGGUUGUACGACAAAACCGAACAAGAAGGAUUGCCACUUCAUUCCUGAUACAGAAUUUGAACAGACAGCGAAAACAUCUCUGCUCUUUGCGACAAGAAAGGAUCACGUACCAUCUAUAAGUGAAUUCUGCGAUGAUGGCUCCCACAACAUAAAGGCACCAAACCUUAUGAACAUCCAUUGCGGCAAAAGCGCAUGGAAGGUUAUGACCGAAGACACUACGGACUUCCAGCAUGUCCAGGGUGAUGUAGAAAGGCACUCCGACAUCACUCCUGUGUUUGAGGUCCUUGCACUUUCGUCUGUCAGGAGUGUAGUCCUUGUCCUUGACGUCAGUUCGAGUAUGAGCAAAGUAUUGGGGCCAUACGCACGGGGUGGGACUAUCGUACUUCUCAGUGAUGGCAUAGAGACUGAGUCUCCAAAAAUCAAAGACACACUUGACAACAUUACAGAGGCAGGAGUCAUUAUUGACACCAUCACUAUAAGCAACUAUGCUGACCAGCAGAUGGAGGAUCUAUCAACAAACACUUACGGCACAUCAGGGUUCUGCACCGAUAAAUGUACUGGUAAUAAUUGCUUAACGCCACAAUUCCUGGGUACCAUAACAGAUAGACCUGACGUAGGAACGGGCGCAAUGCCUGUACUGAUCUUGAACUCCGAAAUAACCAUCAAAUCCAAUCCUGGAUUCCAUGUUUUUCCGGUGGUCAUCGAUGACGCCCUUGGUAAUAACACGAUAAUCACAGUAGAGUGGACAGGGAGUAAUUCAAUACUGGUUGAAGUUACUGGUCCAGACGGUACUCAGAUUGACCAUACCGAUCCCAGAUAUUAUAGAGGAGACAAGAUCGUGACGAUUACUCUACCUCAGGCGCAGAAUGUGGAUCAUUCUAGCAAACCUGCUCUAGCAAUUUAUGUAAAGGUUGAACAAGAUUAUUUACCGGUGCUCAAUGCUACUGUCACAGCUAUCGUUUCAUCAGAAUCGUCUUCCACGACAUUAUCUCUUUUCGACAACGGUUCGGAAGAUCAUGAAUUCUUUGUAUAG